GCAGUCCCUCUUCCACCCUUCUAUCACAGUUGAGUACCGGGAAUCUUCUUGGACAAUAUGUUGCUACUUCCAGUUUUGGUCGCUCUCAUGAGCGCAUGUCAUGUGCAAGCAAAAGCAGUUUUUGCUCACUACAUAGUCGGCAAUGUGGCCACUCUUACCCCUUCAUAUAGUACAGCCGACUGGCAAAAGGACAUCCGCUCAGCCCAGUCAGCGCACAUUGAUGCGUUUGCCCUGAACAUAGCAAAUGAUGGCCGAUAUGGUGCCCAACUCGCGAACGCAUUUUCAGCAGCCAAUACUCUUGGAUUCAAACUCUUCUUUUCAUUCGACUAUGCUGCUCAAGGUGCAUUCUCUCAGCAAGUUGUCAUCGACCUCAUCAAUCAGUACAAAGGAAAUGGCGCAUACUAUCAAUACAAUGGAAAGGCAUUCGUGUCUACCUUCGAGGGUCCCGGAAAUUCUGGCGAUCGGACCACAAUCAAGUCGCAAACAGGAUGCUUCUUCAUCCCGGAUUGGUCUUCGCUCGGCGCUCAGGGUGCUAUCAAUCGUGGCGUCGCGGACGGUCUGUUCAGCUGGGAAGCAUGGCCAGUGGGCCCCAACGAUAUGACCACGCAGCCCGAUGUCAGUUACAAAAAUGCUCUCGCCGGUAAGCCUUACAUGAUGCCAGUGUCGCCGUGGUUCUACACAAAUCUGCCUGGCUAUAGUAAGAACUGGUUGUGGCGAGGUGAUGACAUGUGGUAUGAUCGCUGGCAGCAGGUCAUGUCCAUACAACCAGACUUUGUCGAAAUUCUGACAUGGAAUGACUGGGGGGAGUCACAUUACAUUGCUGACUUGGACACCCGACAAUUCGGGUUGUUCGGUGCUGAUGCCGGCAGAGCUCCUUUCAAUUAUGCGUCUAACAUGCCCCAUGAUGGAUGGCGUUUGUUCCUUCCUUACGUCAUUGAUAUGUACAAGAGCGGCAAGGCCUCGAUCUCAACAGAAGGACUAGUUUCUUGGUACAGACUCACACCGGGAUCAGCAUGUUCUAGCGGAGGCACUACUGGCAACACAGCGAGUCAAGGACAACAGGAAUAUCCUCCUGCACAAUUGGCUCAAGACAAGGUUUUCUACUCUGCACUGCUCACAUCCACCGCCGAUGUGACCGUCAUUAUCGGCGGCACAACUCAGACCGGAACUUGGGAAAACGUCCCAAGCGGUGGCUCAGGAAUCUAUCACGGUAGUGUUCCCUUCAACGGACGCGGCGUUGUGACAGUCAAGAUCUCCAGAAACGGAAACACUAUUGCCCAAAUGAAUGGGCUGUCCAUCACCGACACUUGUGCUAAUGGUAUCGAGAAUUGGAAUGCCUGGGUUGGUAGCGCCACUGCCGGAACCUCUGGAUCAGGUGGUAGUGGAGUCAGCACUUCUGCCAGCAGCAAGGU